UCUUCCGGGGGUGGGGCCGAAGGAGCAAGAUGGCGCCGGGCGAGGCGCAGACGGAGGCUGUAUCUCGGUGCAGCGCUGCGGCUCAGGCGGCCGCCGCUAGGAAACAGCGUGCCUCCGCCAGAAGGAAGGCGUUCUCCCUGUUCGUCAAGGCCAAAGAGGUGCCGGCCGCCUACCCGUGCAGCGGGGCGGCCGUGUGGUGGAGGUGCUGCCGGCAGACGUUCCGUGAGCGCCGUGGUAUCCAUCGGCACGUCGGUACGCAGCACGGCGGGGACGUGGAGCAGCAGGCGGCAGGGCAUGGCACCAUCAGCAGGGCGGUGUGUGCUGAGCGGGCGGGAGGACAGGCCUGUGGAGAGCUCUGCGAGGUGCUGCCCGACACCAGCGGCCUACGCAGCGACGAGCUGACCAGCAAGGUGGGAGAAGUACUUCUGUAUUACUGCUACUGUGAGGUGAAGGAUCCAGAGAAACUUUGUGCUUGGCAGAAGGCUCUGUGCCAGCAUCUGCAUCUCACUGGCAAGGUACGAGUUGCUUCGGAAGGAAUUAAUGGAACAGUUGGUGGAAGCAAAGUAGCUACCAAUCUCUACAUUGAAGUUAUGCUUGCUCAGCCUCUCUUCAAAGACAUUUUGUGUCGAGAUGAUUUCAAGAGUAGUGCAGGAGGAGCUCACUGUUUCCCAGAUCUUCGAGUUGGAGUAUUCAAAGAAAUUGUACCACUGGGCAUUGAUCCAAAAGAAGUCUCUUAUAAAGAAACUGGAAUCCAUUUGACCCCUCAGGAAUUUCACAGAGAAGUAGAACAUUAUCUGUCUCAGUCCAGUCAAGGACAGUCUGAUACCAUCUUGCUGGAUUGUAGGAACUUCUAUGAAAGUAAAAUAGGACGCUUCCAGGGCUGUCUGGCUCCAGAUAUCAGGAAGUUCAGCUAUUUUCCCAGCUAUGUUGAUGAAAACCUGAAGCUGUUCAAAAACAAACGUGUCCUGAUGUACUGCACAGGAGGCAUUCGUUGUGAAAGAGGCUCUGCAUACCUGCGGAGCAAGGCAGUGUGCAAAGAAGUCUACCAGCUGAAAGGUGGAAUUCAUAAGUACUUGGAGGAAUUUCCAGAUGGGUUCUACAGGGGGAAGUUGUUUGUAUUUGAUGAUCGUUAUGCCAUUUGUUCCAAUGAAGAUGUCAUCUCAGCAUGCAGAUACUGUGGGACGCUGUGGGACCAGUAUAAACUUUGUUCCAGCCAGCACUGCCGGCAGCUUGUCCUGACGUGUCUGAGUUGUCGCAAGAAAGGUCUUACAGCUUGCUGUCCACUUUGUCAAGAGAAAGAGCUUCAGGUGACCUCAGGGGCUCCAGGACAGGCACUAAAGGAGGAAUGUGAAUGUACAAAAAGACGGCCAAGGGUACCCAUUGAACGUAUCUCACAAGGGAUGCGGGGCACAGGAGAAGAUUAAGCUGUUUCAUUAGCUGAUCCAGCACUCAUGCUAAUUUGAAGGGCUUCUAAGACCAAAUCCCUAUCUGUUACUCAACUGGAUUACUAAGAAAUCACAAAAGUCUGUUGGCUAGGAAAGUCUUGUUUAUAACUCACUUCAGUAUACUGAAAAAAUAUCCAUUACUUGAACAUUAUAUACCUGAGUGUACAAUCUAUUACUAGUGCCACUGGAUUCUUCUCCCUGCCUAGUCUUGUAGCCAGGCCUCUACAAUGGGGAUUUUGCAGAAGAGAUUGUGUGAUGGGGCUCAGCUGUGCUUACACUAGAAAGAAAUGACAGCUUGAAGCAUGUUGCUACUGAGACACAAAGAGGGGAGGACAGAGACUGUCAUAAUACCAGUUAUGGCAAUGGAAGUGAUGGUGAUGUGUGUGUGAAUGUCUGAAAAAGCAAUAAGAUUUAUUACCCAUGUUAAACAA